AAUUCCAUAUGAGUAUAAAUGGACUUUGGAUAAGAGAAGAAUACUUGCUUCAACUAUUUCCUGAAGGAACCGUAGAGGGAUAUAGAAAAGAAGAAAAAGAGAAGAGAAGUAUUCAUCGAUCGCAAAGAGAUCCAUUAAUAAAUGACGAAGAAGCUUCAUCCAGAGUUUUUGUUGAAGUGAUUCCAACAAAUUUGAAAGUAAUUUUUGCAGCUUUAUAUGGAAUAUAUUAUAAUGAUACGGAAUAUAAUUAUCUUCAACAUUUAAAACCUAUUGGUGUAAAUAAUGGAGGAGGAUCAUCAAAAAUAAAUUUAAUAAAAAAUAAAAAAGAUCGAAAAGUGAAAAUAGUUUUACCAGAAGAAGUUUUACCAUCAAAAGAUGAAAUACCAUUCGAUCAACUUGAUUUCUCUAGUUUUCCAGAGGGAUUUCAGCCUGAUAUGGACCCAAGACUUCGAGAAACACUUGAAGCUUUAGAAGAUGAUGAAUAUGUAGAAGAUGAUAUAGAUGAUUAUUUUGAGAAACUUAAUAAUAAAGAGAAAGAUGAUGACGAUGAAAAUGAUAAAAGGUCAAGAACAACAGGAUAUUCUUUAACUAGUUCUAUAAUGUUUAGAAAUGAAAAGUUAAGAUUGUUAGAUGAUCAAUUUGAAAAGGUUGAAAAAGAAUAUAUAGAUAAAUUGAUAGAAAUUGAAAGUGAACAAAGUAUUAAAAGUCGACAACCUUGGGAUUGUGAAUCCAUUUUGACUGCAAGAUCAAAAAAUGAAUCAAAAGAAGAAAAGAAAAAACGUAAAGAAGAUAUUAAGAAGGAAAGAAAGAAAUCUCUUAAGCAAGCGUUCACCAAGGAACGUACAAAACAAACUAAAAUUUCAGAAAAUUUUCAGAAAAAUUUUGUUGGUGCAAUUCAUUUGGAAUAA